AUGGCGUUUGCUGGGACAAAUGUUAGUUUGUCCCAGCCAGAUAUCAUGCAGAAACUGACGGAGCGCAUAGACGACCUGAAGCAGAGAAUCGCUGCUUGGGGAAAGCAAAUUCGGCGAUAUACCGAGAGGUCGACGCGGUUCAACCAGAAUCGUCACUUCCAGAGUGAUCAGAAGAGGCUCUAUAAAUCAUUGGAGCGACCAGUGGUAAGUGGAACGGGCCCAGUACCGGAUCAGGCCGACACGGUCGCAUUCUGGCGCGGCCUGUGGUCAGAGCCCGUAAACCACAACGAGGGCCCUUGGACGGAAGUUGUGGCGAGUCAGUGUGCGAGUAUUACGCCCAUGGACCCCGUCACCAUAACGCCGGAUGACGUGGCUGAGGCGGUCCGUAGGGCCCCGAACUGGAAAAUUCCGGUGCUCAAUGGACUGCAUCACUACUGA